UUUUUACUCAGGAUAGGUCGCUGGAGAUCUUCUGCACGGAGUAUUACAAUGAAAAAUGCCCCCACCCCCGAACUUGGGAGCAUUUGUAUUGCAAACCUUUCCAAAAGAAACACUCGCCCUCUUGCAUCUAUCAGCAUCACAGAUUUCCAACCGUGAAUAGCAAAAAGCUGUAUUGCAAAAGAUCCCAACAAUAGCGGCGCUUGUCAUGCAAGCGAUGCGAUAUACGCCUAGACUUUGCAUCAGAGAGACAGAGACUCGUACUCCUUUCAUGCAUGACAAAAAGAUUUCAUUUGGAAACUUCGCAUCACAAAUUCUCGCAACUUUGGGGGUGGGGGCAUUUUUCACUGCGAUACGGAGUGCCGGCAGAAAAGGAAGUGCGCAAAGACCGGGUUCUGGUACCGGCAGAACCAGUGGUAUUGCAUAUCCUGUGUAAAAACGUCCCCACCCCAGAGUUGUCAUGCAGAUUUGCCAUGACAGGAACAUUUGUGAUGCGCAACCCCAUGACAGGCAUUUUCAGUCGUGUUUGGGAACUUGUAAUGCUGUAAACAGGAUCAGAAUGUCGAUUUGUGAUGCGGCUUUCCUUGCUAACUUGCACUACCUUACGGACUGAAACUUGUCAUGCGUGACUCCUAAAACUCCUCGGUUUGUGUUGCAAAAUCCCCAUCCUGACUCUGGUGUGGGUACGUUUUUAUUCAGGAUAUUGCAGCGACUGCACGGUUUUUGAGGAGUUGCGACGAUUCCCCAUCUUCGACACGAACACGCACUUGGAGUACAUUAUGGACAACCAGUUUUAUUUUCCAGACGAGGAAAUUGCGGAGGCUGUUGCAGCUCUCCCUUUGAAAACCACGCCGAGCUUCUCCGUUAUCACCUGCUGCACGAAGCUGGACCAGGUCGAGAACACCCUGCGGCUGGUAAAGAACGGCCGCGGGCACGUGCUGGCCAGCUUCGGAACGCACCCGAAGAACGCCCUGUACGAUUGGGACGAGAACAUGGCGGCCAUGAUGAUGGACGCGGUGGAAAAGUGCAGACGGGAAAACGGAGAAAAGUCUGUGGUCGCGUGGGGCGAGAUACCAAAUGCAAAAAUGUCUGGGUCUGGAAACUUGUGAUGCUGCGCUGGGAAUAGUGAAUGCUCUGUAAUGCACACGCAAGCAUGAGAAAUAUCUGCGCUUCUUUGUGUUGCGUUUUUUGCAUGACAAACUGCAUUUUUGCAUGACAGGCAAAAGGGUCUCUUCUUGGACACGCAUCACAAACUUUGUGGUCAUGCCAGACAAGCAUGACAGACCUCAAGAUCUUCCAGACCCAGACAUUCUUGCAUUUGAUACGAGACCGGGCUGGAUUUUGCGGGGUACGAGCAGCUACCAGAUAAGGACUAUGUGAAGAACACGAUCGAGAAGCAGAAGUUGGCUUUUCUGGAAAACAUCGCGAUCGCGAAGAAGCUGCGACUUCCUCUGAAGCUCCACAGCCGCGAUUGCGAGAGGCAUUUUCUGGAAUUCAUCGAGAAGAAUUUAGAACCAGCCUACCCGUUCCACUGGCACGCGGUGAUUGCUUCAAUCCCGGCGAUUUGCCGCUGUUUAGCCCGGUUUUCGAAUUGCUACUUCGGCAUUUGCGGCGCGGUCUGCUUUCCCUACGCGGACGACUGGGACUUGCCGAAUCAGCUGGAGGAAGAGUGGCAAGAUAGUGCGAAUAUGCCCGGCAGGGCCGCAACCUUGACUACUUCUAGCAAGAAGCUGAACCUGUACGAGAUGGUAAAAGCCAUCCCCCUCGACCGGAUGCUGUUGGAGACCGACGCGCCGAAUUUCACCACGAAAACUGGCUCGCCCGCGGACGUGCUGGAGAUCGCAAAUUACGUCAGCUGGCUGAAAGAGGUCAAAGUGGAGGAAGUGAUCCGGGUCACGAGCGAGAACGCCUUCAAACUUUACGGCGUUCGACCGAAGGAGAGAGACGCGGGCCAUGUAAGAACUUCGGGCGAUAAAAACGACGCGCGCAUGGAUGGACAUGAGCAAGCGCAACUUCUGCCGUCCCGCUACGCGCUGGAUAAGUGGAAAGAGGAGAAAAAAAAAGAAGCAGCGGCAGCGGGGGGUGAAGGGAGGGGAAUUAUGGAUUGCGUCGUUGGUUCUAGUCCGUAUUCCACUUCCACUACAUCGGCGUCCACGACCACUGAUAGCACGAGACAGCCGCAGGUGAUGCAGGUGAAGAGUCUGAAGAGCGGGGGCGAUGUGACCAAAAUCGGGACCGACAGCAUUUUUAACCCCUUCGGCAUGAAAAAGACUUUGCGGACGAAGAAGAGGGGCACUACAGGUGGAACGAGCGCCGGGUGA